AUGUCUGUGCUCAACGAGGAUGGCGCCGUCGCCGACGAUUCCGACAGGCAGAGGUGCUCGUGCCUGCCGGCGUUCUGCUUCUGGGGCGCCUCCGGGUCCGGUGGCGGCGCGCAAGCGAAGAGGAGGCGGCGUCGCAGGCCCAGGUCCAGGCUCAGGCUGGCGUGGCCGUGGUUUCGGAGGAGCGGUAAGGGGGAUGCAAGCGGCGGCGGCGGCGACGGCAGCAGCGAGAAGGGGAAGAAGCGGAGGAGGGGCGGGAGGCGGCUGCUGCUGCUGCUCAAGACGUCGCUGCAGCCCAAGAAGGCGCCCACGUCCGUCGUCUCCGGGGACAGCAGCACCCUACUGCCAGUGCCAGUGCCGGCCAAGGUGAGCAGUUACGGCGACGCCAAGAAGCAAAGCAACCGCAGGCCACCACGACGGCCAACGGUAGAUGACGACGCGGCAAGCGGCAGCCGACAACCGCAGGCCUCGGCAACUGCUGCGACUGCGAGCACCGGAUGGGCCACGGCGCCUGCUCGUUCUCGGCCGCCGGAGACGACGAGCCAGGCGCCGAGCCCUAGACCAACCGACGGGCCCGCUGCCUCCGGCCGAACCUGGCGAGCGCCGUCGAGGCGCCACUCGCUUCGUCAGCCCGGCGACUGCUCCAGCAGCGGCGGCGGCCUGUGGACGGCGGCGACGACGCUGGGCGUGAUCGUGCUCCUCGGCCGCGUCGCCGCCGUGGUCUUCUUAUGCUCGUGCCUGUACGGCGCGCGCUUCGUCCGGGCCUGGGCUGCCGGCGGCGCCAAGGCCCAGCUGAGAAGCGACGGCGUCGAUGGCGUUAGUAGCAGUAGCCGGCGCUUCAGUGACCCGGUGGGGGUGGCCGCGGGCGACAAGGUCGACGUGGCGGAGAUGUGCGCCACGGAGGAGUGGAAGAAGAAGAAGGUGUGGUCAUGGCAGGGUUGCUCGACAGGGUCGGCAAGACACCCUCCUCGCGCUUUGGUAGGUCAUCACAAGAGGACGCUGUAA